UGGAAAGACGUACUUCACCCUCGGUUGUGUUUCUGGCGCACCGACCUCGUGAAUGCGAACGCUUACCGCCUGGAGGUACCCUGGCGCACGAGCGAUUAUAUUUGUGAUUCAGUUUCUUUCUUCUGUCGAUACGGAUUAGCUUCACAGAUAUUUACAGUUACUGAAUGCUGAUCGGGAAAUAAUUGUAUGAUCUCGAAAACUACAAAAGAUAAACUCCUAAAAGCGAAGCUCUCCGCCAUGGCACUCCAAAGCCGGCAUCUGUUAGUGGCACUGGUCCUGCAGGGGGUGUUGCUCGCCCCGCCCCCAGUCUGCGCCAAGUUUUACAUCGGCCGUUACAAAACAGUGCCUGUGCCUGCUGGAAGCAGCCGGAACGAGAACAGUGCCGCGGAAGGAAGAAAAAUGCCGUACAUUGUGUACCAGGAGAGCGCCGCCCUGCACGCCGCCGACCUCGAGCACAACCGCCGUCGCAUCGAGCGGCCUCCGAUGGCGCCCUACACCAUCCGCCGGACGGGAGACAUCGGCCCCGGGACGCUCUUCGGCACCGUCGGCAACUACGGCAACCCGGAGAGUGGCUACACUGUCGUGAACAAGAAUGAGGUGAACUACGUUGUGCCGCCCUUCACGCCCGGCGGCCGCGUCAACGUCGCCUUCCAGUUCUGGAUCCCCAUCAGCAUCGGCGGCUUCUUUGUGACGGGGCGAGACCUGGAGGAGGCCUUGCGCUCAAACAACCCGACGGCGUACAUAUCCUCCCUCUUCCUGAAGCACCUCUCCGAGAAUUCAACCAUCGGUGAACUUCUGGGCGAUGUGGGAAGCCCCGUGGUGGAGCAAGGCGUCCAGAAGUUCUUGGACUGGGUCAUGCCGUACCUCGGAUACUUCACGGGGAGCGACGUCAACGAGGUCAAUACGUACUCGCUCCCCAAGUCCCGAAGCAAGAGGGACGCCGCAGAUGACGACGGCUGGACCACUAUCGGAGGGCCUGUGAGCGGUGGGGAGCAGGUGAGGCCCACGGCAACGCUGAUAACGUCGUCGUCGAGGCCCACGAACAACGACCGGCUCUUGUGGGGCAACGACCAUGUUCUCUCGCAUAAUAAUAUUCACGACAGUGCUACAAAGAGGCCAGGUCUUGACCUCAUCAAACCCAUUGACGUCCCUGAAGAGCGUCCUCGGCCGUCGUUCUCCUCAAGGCCCACCUUUUUUUCUCGUCCCUCGUCAUCUUCAUAUCCUUCAUCGUCAUAUCCAUCAUCAUCAUCAUCAUCAUAUCCUUCUUCAUCAUCUCAUUCUUCAUCAUCCUCGUCUUCAUCAUCUAGCUAUCCUUCUUCCUCUUCGCAAGACAUCACACCUCCCUUCCACCUGACUUCCUUCGAUGAAGUUCCAUCUGGAGCGACAGAUGUCAAACGUCUGGACGUGUCAAUGCGUCUCUCCCGCCUUGACUAUUUUUUCAACAACCUCCACCUGGACCGCGAAGACUGUCGGCGCCGAGUCCUGUGUGAGGUGUCCCGCGACCCAGAAACCUUCGCUCCACUGUCGGACCUGAUCGGUAGUGAAACUAGGCAAGUCCACUUCGGAUAUUGACGAGUCACUCUUAGAGAUGCUUUGCUUCCCUAGCAUGCUUUCAUCGUAAAUUAAAUAUUUACGUUUAAGUUCCUCCCUUUUCAUUCAACUUCGACGGCAAAUUAAGUCUUUGCAAGUAUACAUUUGUAUGUCUUCCUAAAUAAACGGUCUUUGUCUCUCUCUGCGAACUUAACACAAGGCCUUAAAAUACGAAUUGUUUAUCAUGAACUAAUUUAGUUAUUUUCCUUCAGGAUCUCAGGCAACAUCUGGGAGCUGAGCCAGCAGUUACGACAUACAGCUGAGGGCGGGAGGCUCCUGUCCUACAUUGAGGCCGUGCGAGAAGGAAAGGACAGGUUAGAGCAGUGUGAUGGGUACCGAUACCAAUGCGAUAUGAAGGCUCGUGAAGUAAUAAAUACAGACAUCCUCCCAAUAUGGCGCGAAGUAGUCCGUUGGCUCACAGUGAAGGUCCUUACACAAGAGUUAUAAUUAUCCUAUUCACACUUAUUCAUGAAUAAUUAUGAUUUCCUGAGAUGAAUAUUUGACCUUUAACCUUCCAAAACAUUAGCAUGUCUUCCUUUUAGUGCCUCUCCUGUGUGUAUAUAUAAUUUUAUAUAUGACCAUGUCAUUCCUCUUAGUGUCUGGAGAUAAAACACUGAAUGUGGAAGAUUUCAUUCUGAAUGUCGUAUUAAAUAUUUAUGAGUGACAAAAAGUGUUUUUGCAUUCGGCUGCAGUUAUGAUUUUGUAUUUAGGAAUUUUUGAGUUUGUGUGCAUGACUUUUUCAGUGUGCGAGUCUUUGGGGCACUUUUGAAAUUAGCCAAUAGUUCUAAAGCCAUGUUUGUGCUUUAUAAACAUGAGUAAAAGUACAUUACAUUCAUGGAAUAUGCCAUAUUUGAUUGUAUAUUUUGUUACUGUUGCGUUGUUAUUGUUAUAUUGACGUAGUUAUUACAGUUGCAUUUGUUAUAUUUCUUCAGAAGGGAGAUAUCACUGCACUGCAGAAAAUGUUUUCUUUUGUAAAUGCUUCUAAUGAAUAUAUAGGCAUUAACUUUUUACUUAGUGUAGAUGUAUCAGCACUAGUCACUUAUUUUAGACCGAUUUCUCUUUAUAUCACCUCUUGCCUGUUGUAAGAAUACUUGUUUCAAUUAAAGUUGUAUGAAUAUAUAAAUAAGCGCCCCCCCCUCACACACACACCCACACCCACACUCACACCCACACCCACACCCACA